CGUAAUUCGUUGUGGUGGUGUAGUCGAAUUGAAAACCUUGCAAUAAUUUUUUAUAUAUUAUAUUUUAUUAUUUGUUUGUGAAUUUAUUUUAAACUAAAAAAGAAAAAAAAAAUUAACAAAAAAACAAAACACACACAAAAACAUUACAUUUCUUUUUAAUAAAACACACAAAUCUCUACCAUUUUGAGAAAACAAACAAAAAGAAAUCAUUAAACGGAAUCUGCACAGAUUUUUUUUUUUUGCUUCUCCAAACUGCUUAGUCCUCAAAUUUGUUGCAUUUUUCUUUCGUUCGUUUUAUAUUUGUUGCCUUUACCAGAAUCCACUCAAUUAUACACUUUAUUUUAAAAUUAUAAAACAAUAAUAAACAAAUUUUGACAAAUAAACAAUGAAAUAAAGUUUUUUUUUUUUAAUUAUUUAAAUUAUGUGAGUUAGGAAAGUUAAUUAAUUAUAAUAUUGUGCCAUUAACUUGCCAAACAAGAAACUGUGUGCGAAAUAUUAUAGAUAGCAGAUAGCAGCAACACACACAAUUAAAAACAAAAAAUGGGAUAUGACCUACAUAGAUUCCAAGGCGAAGUCGACGAAGAGCUAACAUGUCCCAUUUGUUCUGGAGUCUUGGAAGAACCUUUGCAGGCUGCUAUGUGCGAACAUGCUUUUUGCAGGGUUUGCAUCAACGAGUGGCUAUCGAGACAGCCAUCAUGUCCAGUGGAUCGUAACGCUCUCACCACAGCCAAUCUGCGGGCUGUACCACGCAUUUUGAGGAAUCUCUUGUCGCGACUUUCCAUAACGUGUGAUAAUGCAGCUUAUGGCUGUAAUCUUGUUCUUAAAUUGGAUGCAUUGAAUUCGCAUUUGGAAGAAUGCGAACAUAAUCCCAAGAGACCGUUGCCUUGUGAGAAGGGCUGCGGUUUUGUUAUACCCAAGGAUGAAUUGAAGGAUCACAAUUGUGUGCGAGAAUUGCGCACUCUAAUUCACACCCAACAACAGAAAUUGACGGAAUUCAAAACCGACAUCACUGACCAGAAUUUGACUAUUAAUGAAUUGAAAAGAGAAUUGCAACUGUUUAAGGAUUUUAUGAGAGCUAUGAGAGUUUCGAAUCCAGCAAUGCGAGCCAUUGCCGAUCAAAUGGAACGCGAUGAAGUUAUACGUUGGAGUAUUACUCUGGCUAGGGCCAGAGUAACUCGUUGGGGUGGAAUGAUAUCCACACCUGAUGAUGCCUUGCAGAUGAUGAUAAAACGAGCAUUAUCUGAAUCAGGUUGUCCUCCACACAUUUUGGACAAUUUAAUGGAAAACUGCCAUGAACGACGAUGGCCUCGAGGUCUAAGUUCUUUGGAGACUAGACAGAAUAAUAGAAGAAUAUAUGACAAUUACAUUUGCCGAAGGAUUCCAGGCAAGCAAGCAGUAUUAGUUCUUAGCUGCGAUAACGCUCACAUGUCAGAAGACGUCAUGGUUGAUCCUGGCUUGGUUAUGAUUUUUGCUCAUGGAAUAGAAUAAGAUCCAUCGUUUAUGACAAACAUUUGUGCUCUAAUUAUUAUUUUCAAUGUUUUUUUUUUUUUUUUUUAAUUUAAUG